GCUGGCAUGCAUUCUUGUGAUCAUCACAUGCUGAAUUCGCAUAAAGGGAUAUCAUUCAUUACCCCCCAUUCAUCCAUCCAUCCAUUGGUGUAUCCUGUCAGAAAAGAGUUUUGAGUUUGGGCUGAGAAUGAGUGACAGUAAUGUUUUGGACCUGGACGACGACUGCUGGUGUCAGCUUGAGGACUACAGGCUUCUACUCAUCAGGACCAUCGAUCCCACACGCAUCACGCCGUACCUGCGCCAGUGCCGCGUCCUCAGUAGUGAGGACGAAGAGCAGAUCUACAACGAUCCCAGUCUCGUCAUUCGAAAACGAAAAGUUGGUGUGUUGCUGGACAUUCUCCAGAGGACGGGCAUGAAGGGCUAUGUGGCGUUCUUGGAGAGUCUGGAGCUGGACUAUCCUCAACUCUACCAGAAGAUCACUGGGAAGGAGCCGGCACGGGUCUUCUCCAUACUAGUCGAUACGGUGGGCGAGUCUGGCUUGACGGAGUACUUGAUGAGUGAGGUGAGGCGGCUGCAGAAGCAGAAGGAGGAGGAGUGCCGGCGCCACCAGGAGGCCAAGAAGCACAUUGCAGCCUUGGAGGACGCUGCCAAGCAACAGCAGGUACAGGAGAAGGAGCUACAAAAGCAACAGCAGCGUGUGCAGCGUCUGCGCGAGGAGAGGGACCGCGUUUGGGACGAGGCGCGACAGCUGAAGGAUGAGAACUACAGCCUCAUGCAUGACCUCACCAGACUCAGCGAGGAGAAGAACUGCGCACUCAUGGCAAACCGAGACCUGCAGCUCAGUAUUGAGAAGCUUAAACACAGCUUGAUGAAUGCUGAAAGUGACUCCAGGAUCCACCGCAAGCGUACGAUGACGCUUAAGAAUGCAAUGGAACAGAGGCCCAGCUCAGACACCAUCUGGAAACUACAGAGGGAGAAAGAUCUGCUCACAGCACGCAUUCAAGAGCUAGAACACUCAAGAAAAGUUGAGCAUCAAGAGGUGAGUCGGCAGGAGAUGGAGGAUUACAAGCAGCACGCUCACACUCAGCACCAGGAGCUCCUGAACAACCUCUACACGCUACGGAAGGAGCUCCAGGACGCCGAGGAGCAGCGCACCAAGCACCUUGAGGACCAGGACGUUCUGAAGCUCCAGUGCGAGAUGCUCCAGAAAGACUCCAAGAUGUACCAGGACCGCAUGGAGGACAUCUUGAAUCAGAUGGAGCAGGUCAUGAAGGAAAGAAACAAGGCCAUGGCCACCAGAGAGGAGUACCACAAGGAGAUAAUGCAGAAUCUCCAGGAGAAGGACGAGUAUCGCAAGCAGAUACGUGAACUGCGGGAGAAAUGCGAUGAGCUCCAGGUGCAGCUUCUCCGCACAGAAGGGGAGGUUCUAUCCUUACAGACCCAGCAGCGACGACACCACAGCAUCUAUCAGGCAUCAGACGUUGACGACAGUUCCCUGGCAAGUUCCUUUGAGUUCAAAAGCCAAACCAGUGAGGAGGAGGGUUUUAUUAAAGCCAAAAAAGAUUUGCAUAGUGGAGUGUCAAGGGACCAUUGUCCUUAUGUUGCUGCUCCAGCUGAUCAGGGUUUUCCGCAAGAUGCCAAAGCAGAUGGAGAGACAAAGAACACUGUAAAAGAAGAUGAACUCCCUAUCUGUAGACCAAGGGCUAAUUUUUACUACAGAAGAAAGCGUGCGCUCAGGGCCAAAACCACAGCGGAUGUGAAUGCACCCUGUAAACUGGACAACAGCAGUGAAAGUGGCAACACAGACACAGAUGGUCUUUGAUUAUUAAGAUUGAAACUUCAUGUUCCAUGUCAGUGUCAAAGUCACAUGUGCAUAGCUACUGUAGUUGACCUGUUUGUGUCUGUAUUAUUUUAAAUGCUAUUUUUUACAAAACUGGCGUAGACUUCUUUGACAAUAUUUCACUCAUGAAACAUCAAAACCGCCAACACAGUAGAAAUGAAUACUGAUAACAAUAAAUUCACUUUGUUUUAUUAAAAA